ACAUAUCCGUCAAAUUGUGUGCAGUGCUUCGAUUAGUGGUUUGGGAUGGCAUCAAAAUCAAAUCCAAAAGUAGAGAAUAUGAAGAGUUUUUACAGGCAAAGGAAAAGCACUAGCAUUGGUGGUACCUCUAAGAAGAAAAAAUCCCAUUCGGCCGCUCACCCAAAAGCUACUGCGGCCUUUUUCGGCUCAGGUGUAAUUUCACACGGCUCUCUGGACCUCAAAGUGCUUCGAUUAGUGGUGGUGGUACUAGCAUACUGCGUGUUGCUGAUACGACAGGCCAAUUCUCACACCGAGUCGGGGGAAUGGAGCUGCGAGUCGGAAUCUGAGAUCCGGGUCCAGGCCGAGUUCGGACCGGGCCUUAUCACUCUGGAUGGUCAUGCCGACGACUGGAAGGAUAUCGAUGGGUUCGAGUUCUCCCUCCUCCCUGCUCUUGACCCAGAUGCUGAAAACGAGUACAAAGGUGGAAAGAUGACUGUUAAGGCUUUGCAUGAUGGCCGUGAUGCCUUCUUCAUGGUUCAAGUUGAUGGGGACUACGCUUACUCUAAGGGGGACAACAAUAAAUGCCCAUCUGUUGCCCUCAUGUUUCAAAUUGGCAGAGAUGCAACUUAUCAUAGCAUGGGUGGCUGCAAGGAAGGAGUUGACUCUUGCACAAACAAGACCUGCAAAGGUCAUGAAGUUGACAUUAUGCACUUCUCAAUUGGAAAUGCUAUUCCUGGACGGCUCUAUGGUGGAAACCCUAUAGACAACAGCAAUGGAAAUGGCGGUGACAGGUUUGGUCAUUUGGUUGAUCUUUAUGCAUGGAAUCCGCAUUGUAGAUACCUAGAUGGAAUUGGUUCUUCAGCAAAUGAUUCUAGUGCACAAAAUGAUUGGAAAGGUGCUUGGUGGCACAGUAGCUUGAAUGUUCACUCAGGUUUUGUGGAGGAAGAUAGCCCGUAUUCAUCAGAUGCUCAAAAGGGCACAUUUUAUUUUGAAUUCUCAAGGCCUCUGAGAACUAUGGAUCGUCUCCAACAGGACGUUCAAUUCACAAUUGGAGGAUCAAGUAAGAUGUCAGUUGCAUUCUGGUAUCCAGUUGAUAAAAAACCGUGGCGUGGCUCUGGACACUAUUCUAUUAGCUGUGACUGGGUUCCCUUAGAUAUCUCUUCAAGAAGUUCUCUGCUGACCACAGCAAGGCCAAGUAGCUCGGUUAAUGCUGCCAGUGUUUUUGCCCUUCUCUUAUCAGUAAUCUCGUUGUGUGCUUCUGUCUUUAUUGGGUAUUGGGUCGUGAAACCCAAAACUUUUCAGUUCACUCCCAUGGAAAAUCUUUAAAUAGCAUUCUAGGUGUGGGAUUCUUCUCAACUACAUGUCAUUCUGGAUUAUUUUUUAAUUCAAAACUGAACGACGUUCUAGGAUUCAUACAGCCUAUCCUACUUAGUAAGGUUAUGUUUAGUCAUUUGUCAGCUUACUUCAACAUUGCUACUGGAUUUUCUUCUUUGGUCAAUUCCUUGCUAUUGGAACUGUGUCUCCUUUACUCA